CCCCGUGCACCCUGCACGGCUCGGCCCGCCGCUCCCCGCUGCGCACGCCCGAUCCGAGCCGUGCCGUUCCGACCCGAGCUGUGUCGUGCUGUACCGUGCCGGCCCUGCGCAUUGUGGUCCUCCGCCGGGGGGCGAAGAUGGCCGAGAAGCAGCAGAAGCACGACGGGAGGGUGAAGAUCGGCCACUACGUGCUGGGGGAUACGCUGGGGGUCGGCACCUUCGGCAAAGUCAAGGUUGGCGAACACCAGUUGACGGGGCACAAAGUAGCAGUAAAAAUCCUAAACAGACAGAAAAUACGCAGCCUGGAUGUGGUUGGGAAGAUCAAACGAGAAAUUCAAAACCUAAAACUCUUCCGGCAUCCUCAUAUUAUCAAACUGUACCAGGUCAUCAGCACGCCAACGGACUUCUUCAUGGUCAUGGAAUACGUAUCCGGCGGUGAAUUAUUUGAUUACAUCUGUAAGCAUGGACGUGUUGAAGAGGCGGAGGCUCGACGCCUUUUCCAGCAGAUUCUCUCCGCAGUGGAUUACUGUCACCGACACAUGGUUGUCCACAGGGACCUGAAACCAGAGAACGUGCUGCUGGACGCACACAUGAAUGCGAAGAUAGCCGAUUUUGGAUUGUCCAACAUGAUGUCUGAUGGUGAAUUUCUACGCACCAGCUGCGGUUCCCCAAAUUAUGCAGCCCCUGAAGUCAUCUCUGGAAGGCUGUAUGCCGGCCCAGAGGUGGACAUCUGGAGCUGCGGCGUCAUCCUCUAUGCCCUCCUCUGUGGCACUUUGCCCUUUGAUGAUGAGCAUGUGCCCACCCUCUUCAAGAAGAUCCGUGGAGGUGUGUUUUACAUCCCUGAGUACCUCAACCGCUCCGUUGCCACUCUGCUCAUGCACAUGCUGCAGGUUGACCCUCUCAAGCGCGCAACCAUCAAGGACAUCAGGGAACACGAGUGGUUUAAGGAGGAGCUGCCCAGCUACCUCUUCCCAGAGGACCCUUCCUACGAUGCCACCGUCAUCGAUGACGACGCGGUUCGGGAGGUCUGUGAGAAGUUUGAGUGCACCGAGUCAGAAGUGAUGAACAGUCUGUACAGCGGUGACCCCCAGGACCAACUCGCGGUCGCCUACCACCUUGUCAUCGACAACCGGAGGAUCAUGAACCAAGCCAGCGAGUUCUACCUAGCCUCCAGCCCCCCAACUGGCUCCUUCAUGGACGACACCAUGCACAUCCCUCCCGGUGUGAAGCCGCACCCCGAGCGGAUGCCACCCUUGAUAGCAGACAGCCCCAAAGCACGCUGCCCUUUGGAUGCACUCAACACCACCAAGCCCAAACCUCUGACUGUCAAAAAGGCCAAGUGGCACCUGGGGAUCCGCAGCCAGAGCAAGCCCUAUGACAUUAUGGCCGAGGUGUACCGAGCUAUGAAGCAGUUGGAUUUUGAGUGGAAGGUGGUGAACUCCUACCAUCUCAGAGUGCGUCGGAAGAACCCGGUGACGGGCAAUUAUGUGAAAAUGAGUCUGCAACUGUACCAGGUGGACAACCGCAGCUACCUCCUGGACUUCAAAAGCAUUGAUGACGAGGUGAUGGAGCAGAGGUCCGGCUCAUCCACCCCGCAGCGCUCGUGCUCAGCAGCUGGCUUGCACCGGCCAAGACUGAGCAUUGAUGCUGCAGCAGCCACUGAGUGCCAGUCACUGAUGGGGUCUCUGAGCGGCUCCUUCGUGGGCAGCAUCUCCUCAGUGCCCCCACGCCUGGGCAGCCACACCAUGGACUUCUUCGAGAUGUGUGCCAGCUUGAUCAUGGCUCUGGCUCGCUGAGCCGGGCACCGGACUCCCAGCACAUGGCAUUGCACUGUGAGGACCAGCUCCAACGUGGCCGUUCUGUUGCUCUUCUGCUUCCUUCCUUCUCCUCACCACUCCACAGCCUGCGGCGCAGAACCAGUUCCUCUGUUAAAAGAUCCCAAGUGCACUCAAAGGACACAGCCCCUCAAACGAGGCAUUGAGGAGAUCAGGAAUGACUUCUUCAUUUCACUCGUUAGACCAGAGUGAAAUAUAUAUGAGCUUUUUUAUCCUGAACCCAAUGGGAUACGUGGGCAGGGCUGUAAAGUAGCAAACAUAUCAUUGACUUUUGGUAGAGAACUCCCUCCUGGUUGACCCUGAAUUCACAGAGCCAUGGGCAAGCAUUUCUUUCCACAGCACACAUUGGUUCAGGUUGUACCUCCCAUACUGCCCCAACCAGGGGGAGGACAGGGCUGAACCUCUGGCAAUGCUUUCACCCUAAAACAAGCAGCUGCUGCAUGUAACAUCCCACCCUCUGUUCUUUUUCCCCUACUAAAGAAGGGGUGAGGGGUGGCAUGUGCAAAGCUACCAUUGCAGACAAGGGGCAGGAUGCUGCUGAGUCCCCCAGAUCCGGCUCUGCAUCACGGCUUCGGUGCACUUACCUCUCACCUUUCCCAUAGGAAGAUUUUGCCCAUUGUCACCACCCCAAAAUCUCUGCCAAAGCGGCCUGCCUUCACCUGCCAAGGAUCCUGCUGUCCUGAUGCAGAACAGGUUGGGACCUUGCUGCGACAUGAAGAAGGCAGGGAUAUCACAAAGCAUUUCACGGUUUCUUUGCUACUGGCUGUCCGAAGGAUAGGGUUUUAUAUUUUAAGACAAACUAUGAGGAUUUUUCAGGUUAAAAUUCUUAUUAUUCGAGGGUAAACUCUAGUGCAUGUGUGACGGUUCCUUUGUUUAAAAGAAUUAUUACUUCUCAUUGCAUAGGCUUAAUCUAAUGGACAGCAUUGGCGUCUGCUUGGCUUUGCUACAGUAUUUAAUUCCAUUUGAUUGCAAAGGAACUUAAUAGUCUGAUCAGUCAAGGA